AACAUUGAGACUGAGUAGAUAUCUACUAUCGCCGGCAUGCACGCCUCCUAACGUUAGAAGAGCGGCUGACCGUCCCUACGCCGACUUACACUAACCUAACUUUUAGUCAUUGUCGCGCAUUCCCCGGUUGUGUGUGUAUUGUGCAUGGAGGUAGCAGGAGGCAUAUCUCCCCGGCUCUGCUCUGGAUUCCCAAGCUUGGGCGUGCAUUGCGUAUACAGCAUUACCAAUACAUAGUAGAAGUAGUAGCUGAGUUUCGAGAGAAGCUUUCGGACUCCUGCAAUUCUACUGACGACGGGCGCAAAUCACCGCUGUGCAAGAAGAACGUCCGAGUCGAUUUCGGAAAGAUCAUGAACUGUCGUUGGUGACGCCGAGCGAGCAGCAUUUGGUGAAUCUAGGUCUGGGCUCAGGACAUGGGUGUGCCGCGGCGUAUGGAGUACUGGAUCUUGAAUGAGCGUGACACUGGCAAACGUACCUGUUCCUCCCGCAGCAGGGUAGCCUCGACGGAGUUUGCGGUAACGAGUGCAAAGACGUGCGUGUGCAACAUCUAAAACGUACGUUGAUUCAUUGCUGACCAGGUGAUGGUGUGACUUUGCUGGUAUCCGACGUCAGCCAUCGCUCGCUGCAUUCUCACUAAUACUAUAGUCGAUUGGGAAAGACUCCUGGAUUCGAAGGUUGCACUUUACAGUCCGCGAUUAGAGGAUUUGUCGCCAUUCUCAUCAUGGCUCUCGCCAGUGACACCUCGAUGAGAAGCGCCUAUGUGCGGAGUAACCAUUGCCAUUGCCAUUGGCGAUUGGUGCUACUGGCUGGCUGCUUGACUUGCGCCACUCUCUUCUAUAACAACUGCUGCGUGCAAGCAGAGCAAGGAGUGGUGAUGCUUCCAACGUGCGACACUUGUGAUCCAAAUAUGCCAUGCGCAGGACCCGAUCUCAGAACAUGUCCUUGCUUUCCGGGUGAGCGACAAAUACUUACAUUCUACUAUCACAGAGUGCAGGGCACCGGUGUGGUCAGAUGCUACUUUUUUGGAUGUUUUCCCAACAACUCCACAAUGUCUUCCCGCUGCGACGAAUUUUACGCAAAGUGCUGUGAUAUUGGUGGAGACAGCAACUGCUCCUCUUGGACUAAAUCCAUUUUGGCCAAAGAAAGUGAAGGAUUGCGUCAAUUGGACAAUACGACCGCAUCAGUAGUCACAGGACCUAAUCGAACGUGCUGGAGACAUACCGUGACCACUACCAUGCCAACUAACGUUACCGUGCCAACUACCAUUACCGUGCCAAAUAACGUUAUCGUGCCUACUACCGUGCCUACUAACAUUACCGUGCCAACUUCCGUGCCGACAACAUCACCUCUUGAAGGGUCCGCGACAACAGCCACGUCACAUCUCGAAGGAUCAGCAACGACACCGGCAGCAAUAGAAACGCCACCUCUUCGAGUCACCACAGUUCACCCAGUGAAAGGAGCACAAAAAGAUACUUUCAGGUUUUCACUCAUCCCUGCAGCCGUGGCCAUGAGCAUGGUGAUCUCCGUUGUUACAUUCAUUGUUGUCUACUUGACGUGCUCGCGAGGCAGACAUGUCAAGCGUGGCAUAACGGGCUGGCGUCAGCUGCACUACACGUGUAGCUUGAAGAAGAAGCUAGGAUUACAAGUGCAACCACUUGAUUCUGAAGAACUGAAUCAGGACCAGCAGCAGCAGCAGCAGCAGCAGCAGCAGCAGUGUGAUGAAGGCAUUUUUGAAGAGAUCUCACUUGGCGACCAAAUUGGAUCUGGCCAGUUUGCUGACUGGCAUCGAGGCAUUUGGCGAGGACAGAUGGUAACGCUGAAACUCUUCAAAGCUACGGCCGGUGAACAGUUUGACCGCGAGGUGCAGCAUUCCAGCAUAUACAUGAUGCGUCACGAGAGUAUUGCUCUCUAUCAUGAUGCUGGGCAGCGACGAUGCUCUACUACUAUUGCUACUGCUACUUCUACUACUACUAAUGAUAAAGAUGCCACUGCUGCUGAUGCGGAAACUGUUUGCCGCAGCAUUCAACCAUGGAUUAUCAUGCAAUACCAUCCCAAUGGCUCUCUGUUCGACUUUCUCUCACGCUACUGCUAUCCCGAUGUACCGGCUGACGAACGUUUAGGCAUUGAAGACAUGCGCCAAAUGACUCUGUCUAUAGGGGCUGGCUUGAUGCAUCUGCACAGCCACGUGCAGGGCCAGUACUUUGGAUGCAAGCCGUCCAUUGCACACCGCAACCUGAAGAGUAAAAACAUCUUGGUGAAGCAAGAUGGAACGUGCUGUAUCUCAGACUUGUCGUUGGCCAUCAGUCGAGACAACAAAGAAGACGGAGAGCACUAUGUGAACGAGGAUGGCCUGAUGGUUGGUGAAGCGAGGUACAAAGCUCCAGAGGUGCUCGACGGCUCCAUCAGCCGCUCGUCGUUUGAAGAGUUCCGUGCCGCUGACGUCUAUUCGCUUGCCUUGAUCAUUUGGGAAUUGGCGCAUGCCUGCAGCCCUGCCAACGGUAUGUCAGUACUGGUAGAAGAUGACUACUGCUGCUGCUGCUGCUCAUAAGAUUAUGACCAGGACUCAGGCCCGGCGGAAUUGCUAAACUAAUUUAAUCGCGAAUUGGUCCAAAUUCAGAAAACGUUAAAGAUUUUACACACACAAAAAAAACAGCCAUUCUACAGCGCUUCCACAACCCACAAUCGUCAUGUUUAUCACCAUCGUGCAGAGUAACGAGUACUAUAGUAUAUAGAGAUAAAUUUUCACAGCGUGCAAAUUUGGAGCUUACAAGAAUUGCAGUGGUUCACGUGUAGCGACCUGACGCUUACGUCAUACGCAUACGUCAUACUCGGCAAUCAUUCUAAGCAUGUGCAAGAAAAUACACGUUUCUCUCUGGCCUAUUUCUUCCUUGUUGCAUGGUUGUCCAUUGCAGUCGUUGUCGUCGUAGGGCCGACAUAAAUGUUGAUAAAACCCUAAACACGAUGAGAAACUUUCGCGAUUUUAUCUCUCCAGUUGGACCAUGUAUUAUUAUUAUUGCAAAUAACGCUGAGUAAUUACACGAUGUAUAAAAACCAGCAUUUUCUUCCGGGAAGGAUUCAC